UAUCCACACGUUUCGUCAACCGCCUCUUUCUCUCUCUUUCUCUCUCUCUAUCUCUAUAUUUCUCUUUUUUUCCUCUCUUUCAAGGAUCAGAGACAAAACCCAAUCCCGAUCUAAGAAACAAAGCUUACCCAUUCCCAUCCAAAAACAUAUAAAAGAAGCCCUAAUUUGAAAGCUUUUCCCUCUCCGCUUUCAAUUUCCCUCCUCUAUUCUUCGUCAAUCUUUCUUUGAUCUGAAACCCUAUAUAUAUCCCAACCCUUAUUUUAAAUUCCUGAAAUUUUUUUUCAAAGCAAGCAUCGAAUUGUGUACAAAAAAAAAAAAGAAAAAGAAAAAAAAAACUAAAUAUUAAUAAUAAAGCAAUUCCUUUCAUUUACUAAUCAUCUAAGGACCCUAAAAAUUUGAUUCUAAAUUGGAAUUGGGAGCGAGCGGAGAAAGGGAAUGGGAGAACAAGUUGGAGUGGAAGAGGUCGAUCGAGACAAGCACCCAUCUGGAAUUGUUCCCACUCUUCAGAACAUUGUAUCCACAGUUAACUUGGACUGCAAGUUGGAUCUUAAGACAAUUGCGUUGCAAGCUCGUAAUGCAGAAUACAACCCCAAGCGUUUUGCUGCUGUCAUAAUGAGGAUAAGGGAACCAAAAACUACAGCUUUGAUCUUUGCCUCUGGAAAGAUGGUUUGCACAGGUGCCAAAAGCGAACAACAGUCAAAACUGGCAGCAAGGAAGUAUGCCCGUAUUAUCCAAAAACUUGGGUUUCCUGCUAAAUUUAAGGACUUCAAGAUUCAAAACAUUGUUGGCUCCUGUGAUGUUAAAUUUCCUAUCAGACUUGAAGGUCUUGCAUACUCCCAUGGUGCCUUUUCAAGUUAUGAACCGGAACUGUUUCCUGGGCUGAUAUAUCGAAUGAAGCAGCCAAAGAUUGUACUUCUUAUUUUUGUGUCAGGGAAAAUUGUGCUUACAGGGGCAAAGGUGAGAGAUGACACAUAUAUGGCCUUUGAGAACAUAUAUCCUGUUCUUACAGAGUUCAGGAAGGUUCAGCAAUGAUAUAUUUCUGGAAAUGGCUUGAAUGCUAUUGCGAGGUGGAAAGUUAAAACUGCUGCAGCCUGAUCUUCAGUAGUAGCUAAACUUGAUUGGUUUUCUUGUUAAAGAGGACCUUGUGCAGAUUAACAUAUUUAUAGGGUCUUUUUCAUGCUAUCUCACAAAGAGAGAUAUGUGAAUCAUGCAAUAGUGGGUUGCUGUUUGGUUGGACAUGUAGGGGAGGUGUGGUAAUCGGAGGCUAAGGAAAUGUCAUUCCUUAUAUUACAUGUGAUGUGAAUUUUGGAGGACAUUUUUUUUUUUUUUUUUUUGUUAAUAAAAUGCUAAACUCGAUUCCAAUUUUGUUUUUAA